AUGGUGCGCGUGCCCGGAUCUCGUGGGGACUCCGGAUUUCACCGUGAGUCCGUAGAAGAUGCGCAUGUGAAGAAAGAACCAGGGGAAGAGGCGUCGUCGGAUAUCGGAUCGACGAAGACGCUGCUGAACAAAACGAGAUCCGCGGAUCGACAGAGUGCUCGGAGGACCUCUGUCGACGGAAUCGAGGGCGAUCUGGAGACAGAUCUAGAAGACAAACCUCAACAUCCUCCCCAGGUCCCUUCGGGGACCCCGGUGGAUCUUGGUGCGAACCGAGAUUCACUAACAAAACAAACUAAGGCGGGAUCGGACCGAUACGCGUUCGCCGACUCGCCGAUCAGGCUCGAUCCGGACUACCUGGGCGCGAUCGCGGACAAGGACCAGAUCGUGAGGAAGAAGCUGAGAGCGCCAGGCCUGGACGACGAACAUCCCAGACCGUCGGCGCUCGACUGGUCCGAGGCUGACCUGGAUCGUCAGUAUCACUUGAAGGAACUGCGAGACUUCUUGCGUCAAGAUCCCGUCAUGGUGAUCUUGCGGCCAGAGCAGAUCGACGACCCGAAGGGCCCGAUCUCGGCCCCCCGAGUGACGGACAACAAGCUGAUGGCGGUGAAGAACCUGCUCGGGCUGUUGAAGGAAGCCGACUUCGUGGCUGGCGCCUUUGAAGCGAAUGAUCUUUUCGAUCAGGAUCUCGAUGUGAUCCAGAUAGCGAUCCAGACAUUGGUCGACAAGUUGAGACCUUUGGUCGACGUGAUCGCGGACAGUCCAGACCCGAAGGUGCUAGAUCUAGUGUCGCCAGCUCCCGCGUCGUCGCCGCGGAUGGAGUCCCCUGGGUACCGAUCGUCGUCUCCUUAUGUCUCCGCAGCGGAACACGUAUCGGAUACGUCGUCUGAACGUCAACGGAUGUCCCUCGGCCCUUCAGGAUCUGCGAUGUUGGACGCACGAUCACGGAGUCAACGUCAGGAACGCAUGCGAUCAGGACCUCGGAAGCAGAAACCCAAGUCGACCGAUCGGACCACCAGUGCUACCGGAUCAGAUGAGUCGAAUGGCAAACUGGAGUCUUACUUUCAGGCUGCGAUGGCUCGAUUUCUGAAGGAACAACAGGCCACCUACUCCAGUGGUCGACGACAACGUUGGAUCGCGGGACGUGGAGAUGGAAUCAGACCGGAAGAAUGGUUCACGCCAGCUGAUGGAGAAGUGACGACCGAGAUCCCGGAGCAUGAUCGCGAUCGAAGUCGGCCUCGCGUCAGCGAACACCGCAGAUCUGGCGAUGUGGUGCCCGAUCUCCUCCCUGGGGAGUCCAAAGGGUACUGGAAACAUCAUUCGCCAGGUAAGUGGUUCCGCCAGGCCAAGAUCACUGGCAAGAUCAACAAUGAGAAGUCGAUCUUACUCUUAGACACCGGCGCCGAGGUGUCCAUCGUGGACACCGCCUUUGCUCGUAAGGUGGGGUGCUAUGUCGACACGAGUCAGAGCCAGGAAUGUGUGGGGAUUGGCGAAAGCGUGUACAUGACAGAAGGAAGGACCAGGAUCAAGGUUACGCUGGCGGGAUCGCUGGUGUAUUUCUUCGAUAUCUGGGUUGGCGAUCCAUCAGGACAAGAGGCGAUCCUGGGUAUGGAAUUCAUGGUUCCGGCGGGGAUCCGCCUCGAUCUUGCGGACGGCUCUAUCUGUCUCCCCGACGAAGCCAAGAUCCAGCUAAGCGGACGGCGUCAGCU